AUGUCACCCCUAGCCAACGGGCAUCACAACCCAUCGGCAUUGAUGUUGGGCGGGGUAAAAGACACCUCAACCGACUCCUCAUCGAUAGCCAUUCGUGGUGGUGAAUUUGUGCCCGAAUUGGGGCAGCCUAGCUUGUCAGAUGAUGACAUUGUUACUAUCAACGUGUCGGGAAUGCGAUUUCAAACCAUGGAGUCAACAUUAAGAAGGUUUCCGUCAUCCAUUUUGGGGUGCCCGAUUAAAAGGAAAAGAUACUGGAAUUCUAGUACUCAUGAGUACUUUUUUGACAGACAUAGACAUAGGUAGGUAUUUUUUCUUUAUUAAUGACAUACCUAUUAUAUAGCAGGUGAUUUUUGGUUCAGUAACGUAAUAUAAGCACUUUAUAAAAUAUUUGUCAUUUUUAAAUAUUUCAAAACAUUUUUGAUAUGAUAUGAUCUUGUCCUAGUACUUGUAGUGCAAACGAAGAAAAUAUUUAUGACUUGUGGCUAUUUCCGCUUUUUCAAAACUUCCGGAUUUAAUCGAAAAUUUGUUAGUCUGUAAUAUGAACCAGCUUUUCUUGCUUCGUUUAACUUUACAUUCCCCGGAAGUUUCUUGCAAAAUUGAUUGUAUUACGGUACUAUUAGCGCAAUACCUAUUUUAACCUUUAUAGUUGAAUAAGAUAGGGUAUGGAAAGGCAAACUUCUCCCUACCCUUGAUUAAACCAAAAAUCAAUUCUAAAGUAGUGACUAAUCUUCAGUUUCGAAGCCAUUUUGCACAUAUACCAAACCAACGGCCAAGUAAUCCGACCAGAAGCCGUACCAAUCAACCUAUUUCUACGUGAACUUAAAUUCUACGAAUUCGACAACGAUGUUAUGGCCAACUUUUGGGAAUCCGAAGGCUAUCAAAAGCCGGCCGAAGAGGAGAUGCCCAACGGCAAACUUCAACGCAAAAUCUGGGAACUUAUGGAACACCCGGACUCGUCGAUAGCAGCUCGUAUAUUGGCAUUUGUGUCAAUGUUCGUCAUUACGGUGUCGAUUAUUUCGUUCUGUUUGGAGACAAUUCCGGACUUCAAGGAAGCCGAAGCGGCCGGUCGACAAUGGUCUUCGCCGUUCUUUUUCAUCGAAUUUGUGUGUUGUUUAUGGUUUUCGGCCGAACUGAUUGUUAGGUUUAUUAGUUGUCCAAAUAAGCCUAAAUUCUGUAAAUCGUUCUUGAAUUUACUGGAUUUUAUUGCCGUCGUGCCGUUUUUCUUCAAUCUGAUAUGGUAAGUUUGUUCACAUUAUCGAUUUUUUGGUUUAAAGUCGGAACGUUGUUAAAAUUUAAAAAAAUCAAAAUUCUUUUUGAAUUGUUGCAAAACCAACAAAACAUCAACUAAAAAUACCAUUAUUUCUUCCAAAUCCCCGCAAAACAAUGUUGUUUUAGGGCGGGAGAUGAGGAGAACCACGAGGCUACCAAAUCGUCAAUUUCCUUCUCCGUGCUGCGAGUAAUUCGAUUGGUACGAGUGUUCCGUAUCUUCAAAUUGAGCCGUCAUUCCGUGGGUCUACAGGUUUUGGGCAAAACGUUCCGCGCUUCAGUGCAGGAAUUUUGUUUACUCAUCUUCUUCAUGGUCAUUGCGCUGGUGCUAUUUUCGUCCGGAAUGUACUUUGCCGAACAAAAUGAGCCAAAUUCGAAGUUUACGUCGAUUCCGGCUUCGUUUUGGUUUGUUAUGGUGGGUUUUGAUCAUUAUUCUACUCUGCUUACAUUUAAAAUAGACGUUACCUCAAUGCCAACAUCGGUUUUCGCCCUUUGAUCUCAAAUGCCAAUAUUAAUUUUUGACAUUACGUUUAAUUGCCUUUUUUCAAAUCUUCCGGUUCUAAAUCCACUCCACCUAAAAAAUAAAAAAACAAAGAUUAAAAUACUUAUUUUCAGGCCACAAUUACCACGGUAGGCUUUGGUGAUCUUGUACCUACAAGUCCAUACGGCAAAAUUGUUGGAUCGUGCUGCGCUUUGAUUGGUGUACUUACAUUGGCCUUGCCUGUACCUAUUAUUGUAAGUUUUUUACUGUAUAUAUUUUUUAAAAUAGAAAAAAAUUUUAAAAACUAAAAAAUCUUCAAAAUUGAAAAAAUUAUUUUUUCCUUUUAAGGUAGCCAACUUUAAACAUUUCUACCGCCAAGAAUGCCGUUUGGCCGCGUUGUACGCUCAAAAUUUGAGUGAAAUUGAAGAAAUCGAAGCGCUAAAGAAGAGCGAGCUACAAAUACAACAACAAAAAGACACUGCCAUCAACAUGAACAGCAAUGGUGAUGUGAAUCACAUCAAAACAAUCUCCUAUAACAAUAACACGCCCAGUGUUAUGGUGAAUAUAGCUGAAGAACGGGACUAA